AUGGCCUUCCAAGCCCAGUUCACAAGGCCGAAUGUCGCUGCAGUGGCAUCAUCUUCAAUGACCAGCUUCUUGUCCACCCCUAAGCCGACCGGGCGAUUCCCAGCGGCCAAUGCCAGCGCACUUCGGACCAUAUUAUCACUCGCAUCGAUCGCUCACAGUCCCCCGACCGCUCGUUCCCAUUCGACUUUGACACCCUUUCGUCUGAGCUCUCUCGCCUCGCCUAACAAGUUGAACGGUCUCUCGGGCUUCCAACAGCAACGAUUCUUGUUCGGAGGUUCCUGGCACCAUGUGCUUGCGCAGAAAGAGAAGGUGGCCAACAACAGUCCGAGCAACAUCGAAGCUCAAAAUGCGUUCUAUUUAACUUUACUCCGUGCCAAGAUGCCCGCCAUUGUGAUCGAACGAUACCGGAGUGGUCACUUUGGUAGCGAUAUGACCACGGAGGCACUGGUUCAACAAGCCCAAUCAGCGAUCGGCGGCGACGGCGUGAGGGGACCGAACCACAAUCUGAACCAGGACCAGCUCCAAGCUGUUGGCCAAGCAGUCGCUGCUCGGGCGACUGGCAGUCAAAUCGGAAUGGGAGGAAAGCAAAGUGGUACUGGUGCCAAGGAUGCUCCGCUUUACGUCGUUGUGGACGAGUCUCUGGGAAGCACAGUCUUUCGCUGGGUCAAGUUCUUGCUCAUCUUUGGAUUCUUCACAUAUAUAUCUCUGGUCACGGUCACUAUUCUUGUGGAAACCACUGGCGUUCUGAAGAAUGUCCGUGGCGCGCAGGACAAGGAAGCUCAACCAGAGGAACAGACUGCUCGCUUCUCUGAUGUGCACGGCUGCGAUGAAGCUAAGGAUGAAUUGCAGGAGCUUGUGGAAUUCCUCAUCAACCCGGAACGUUUCUCCUCUCUCGGUGGUAAGCUGCCCAAGGGUGUUCUCUUGGUCGGUCCUCCUGGUACUGGUAAAACCUUGCUUGCCCGAGCCGUUGCUGGCGAGGCUGGUGUUCCUUUCUUCUACAUGUCUGGAUCUGAAUUCGACGAAGUCUAUGUCGGCGUUGGUGCUAAACGAGUUCGGGAUCUGUUCGCUCAGGCCCGUGGCAAGUCCCCCGCAAUUAUCUUCAUCGAUGAACUGGAUGCUAUAGGUGCCAAGCGAAACGAGCGGGAUGCUGCUUAUGUCAAGCAAACGCUCAAUCAGCUUCUUACCGAACUGGAUGGAUUCUCUCAGACCAGCGGUGUUAUCAUCAUCGGUGCUACCAAUUAUCCUCAACUGCUGGACAAGGCCCUGACCCGUCCCGGUCGCUUCGAUCGCCGUGUCGUUGUUGACCUGCCGGACGUUCGCGGCCGCAUGGACAUCCUGAGACAUCACAUGAAGGCGAUUCAGUUCGGUACCGAUGUCGACAUUGGUGUGAUCGCCCGUGGUACUCCCGGCUUCUCUGGUGCCGACUUGGAGAACUUGGUCAACCAAGCUGCAAUCCAUGCUAGUCGUGACCGCAAGGCCAAUGUUGGCUCUUUUGACUUUGAUUGGGCCAAGGACAAGAUCAUGAUGGGUGCCGAGGCACGCAACCGUGUCAUUCAGGAGAAGGACAAGCUUUUGACUGCUUACCACGAGGCCGGCCACGCCCUUGUGGCUCACUUCUCUCCGUCUUCUACUCCGCUCUACAAGAUCACAAUUGUGCCCCGUGGCAUGGCUCUUGGUAUCACUCACUUCUUGCCUGAAAUGGACACUGUCUCCCGCAACUAUACCGAAUACUUGGCAGACAUUGCUGUCUCCAUGGGUGGCAAAGCUGCAGAGGAGCUGGUAUUCGGCCAUGAUAAUGUCACCAGUGGCAUCUCUGCUGACAUUCAAAGCGCUACUGAAACAGCGUUUACACUGGUCACCCGCUUCGGAUACUCCCAGAAACUUGGUAACGUUGAUUUGGGAAGCAAUUACGAUAGCCUUUCCUCUGAAACCAAGCAAGAGAUUGAGCACGAAGUGCGUCGUCUCAUCGAGGAAGCCCGUAGCCGGGCAACCAACAUCCUGACUGAGAAGCGCCAUGAGCUUGAACUCCUCACCCAGGCUCUCAUUGAGUAUGAGACACUCACAAAGGAGGAGAUGGAGCAGGUUCUCAAGGGCGAGCGGUUGAAGAGACUCGAGUCCCUCCCCACUGCGCCUUUGAAGCUUCCUGAGGUUCUCCAGUCGGCCAAUCUCAAUUCAUCUAGAAACCAGGCCGCGGACGAGUAA